CCUAGUAAAGGCUCCAGGAAGCACUACCCAGGCUGCCCCCUGAGACUGGGGAGCUUAUUAACCCUCAGAAUGCCAGGAGAAGGACAAGAGAGCACAUCACAGGCAAGCAUGGCUGCAGCCAUCACCUGGGCCCUGGCCCUCCUCUCAGUGUUUGCUGACACCCAGGCACGGAAAGGCUUCUGGGACUACUUCAGCCAGAGCAGCGGGGACAAAGGCAUGAUGGGCCAGCAGCAGAAACUGGCUCGGGAGAGCCUGAAAGAUAGCUUUGAGCAAGACCUUAGCAACAUGAACAAAUUCCUAGAAAAGCUGGGGCCGCUGAGUGGGCCAGGGAAGGAGCCUUCUCUGCUGGCGAGGGAUCCGGUGGCCAUGAGGCAGCAGCUGCAGGAGGAGUUGGAGGAGGUGAGGGCGCGUCUGGAGCCCUACAUGGCUGCGGAGCACGAGCUCCUGGGCUGGAACUUGGAGGGCUUACGGAGGAAGCUGAAGCCCUACACCAUGGAGCUGAUGGAGCAGGUGGGCCUGCGUGUGCAGGAGCUGCAGGAACAACUGCGCGUGGUGGGAGAAGACACCAAGGCCCAGCUGCUGGGGGGCGUGGACGAGGCGCUGAGCCUGCUGCAGGAAAUGCAGAGUCGCGUGCUGCAUCACACAGGUCGUGUGAAAGAGCUCUUCCACCCCUAUGCUGAGCGCCUGGUGACUGGCAUCGGGCACCACGUGCAGGAGCUGCACCGUAGUGUGGCUCCCCACGCAGCCGCCAGCCCCGCACGUCUCAGCCGCUGUGUGCAGACGCUCUCGCACAAACUCACGCUCAAGGCUCAGGCCCUGCACACCAGCAUCCAGCAGAACCUGAACCAGCUGCGCGAAGAGCUCAGUGCCUUUGUCCGCGCCAGCGCAGAUGGAGCCCAGGAGGGGACUUCCCCAGACCCCCAGGUGCUCUCUGAGGAGGUACGCCAGAGACUCCAGGCUUUCCGCCACGACACCUACCUGCAGAUCGCUGCCUUCACUCAUGCCAUUGACCAGGAGACAGAGGAGGUCCAGCAGCAGCUGGCGCCACCACCGCCAGGCCACAGCGCCUUCGCCCCAGAGUUCAGACACCCGGACAGUGACAAGGCCCUGAGCAAACUGCAGUCCCGACUGGACGACCUGUGGGAAGACAUCGCCUAUAGCCUUCAUGACCAGGGCCAUAGUCAUCUAAGGGAGCCCUGAAGGUCCACUUGCUCAGGUUCAUUCCCAGCUCAUUGUCUGGGCAACUCUGGACCCUGACCUCUAGCAUGGCCUACUGGGUGGAGGGCAGAGGGUCCUGCACUGGACAGGUGAGGUCACCAAAGGGGCUGCUGUCCCAGCCUAUCCAGCCUGCCGAUUCCCCACCCAGAUGCAUUACACUCACCAGGCUCUGCAAACCCAGCUUCCAGUGCUCAUUUGGGAACCCCCAGGAGUUACAACAUUCAGGGGUGGAGGGAGUGGGGAGAUUAUGUGAGAGACUGUCUGAAAGUCUGUAGGCCACAGUGCUGGAAGCCUAUGCCACUACAUCCUGGAGUUCGGCUUCUGUUACUUCUGGCUUCUUGAUGGUCACCAUUACAGCUGUUCCACAGAGAGGCUGCCCAGAGCUGCCAUGACAGCUCCUGUUAGGGGAGGAGAGCAGAAGGAGAUGAUGGCGAGAGCAUAUGAUGGUGUGUGUAUAUCCCUGCUGGCUGUGAUGCUGGUGGGUGUGAGUGGAGGAUCAGUGAUGGGGUGAAGCUAUUCUUAACUCUGUGCCCAAAUAAAGGAUUGAGCCCUCACACUGCUGGGGCUUCUUAAA